UACGACUGUCACGGGAGUAGGCUGUUUACGGCGAAGCAAUGCAACAUGAGGCAUGGCCAUGAUAAAUGAAAUGGAUGUGUUACGCGAAGAACUAGAGGUUCUCCAAUCAGUUUACUGUCUACCUGGCGAGUGUGAAGUGGACAAUUCUGAUGGAUGUCAUAAAUUGAUGUUGAAACUAAGACCUAACCAGGUUGAAACUGAAGAACGAGUGACUACACCAGAGAUAUGUUUGACAUUCUAUCUCAGUUCUCAAUACCCAACCAUUGUACCCCAGGUUUCCAUUGUGAGUGCCUAUCUACGACGUGACCAGCUGAGUAAACUGCGACAGGAAACUUCCAUGUUGGCUCAGUCUUUACAAGGGCAAGCCAUGCUAGCUGAUCUUAUUUCAUUUGUACAAGAAUAUAUUGACAAAACUCACAGUGAAUUCACAGAUCAGUCAGGUGCCAUGUUACAUGGAACAUUUCAUAUUGGAAGUCAAUCAGAACUAUGGACAGCUCUAUUGCAGCUUGAUCAUAUGCGAGGAAGAAAUAAAUAUGUCAAAACAAUACAGAAUUGGUGCACUGAGCUUGGACUUGAAGGAAAACUUUUGUUUCAAGGGAAAUUGAUAUUAAUCUUAUUGCAAGGUCCACAAUCCAAAAUCAAGGACUUCAUUAUACGACAGAAGAGUGUCCGUGUGGAUGUAGAUUCUCGGGGUCGAAGUUGCAAGGAAAAGCUGAUGCGUGUUCUGUGUGAGCAGAGGAGUAGUUCAUCAAGUAAAAGGUUUACAGAAUUUGAAGUUAAGGACUGUGAAACACCUAGAGAAUUACAGAAUGUGUUUACAGAGACUGGGCACGAAGAUCUUUUCCACAACUUUGUAGAGACCCUUCAAGGCUUUCACUUGUAAUAGUACCUGUUUUAAUCUUUGUAAGUUUUACCAAUCAAUUAAUGUGAAUGAUAUUCAGUUGCAUUUUUGUUUUGAAAUGACAUGCAACAGUUCCUAAGUAAAUUUGAAGUGGACCACCCAUUAGAGUGAAACUUAGAUUUGAUAAUGUUACAAAAGUGUGAAGUAACUUCAUUUACACUGAUUUAAAUCCUUUGCACUUAUUUUAUUUAAUGACAAACGAAAAUUUAUGGAAAUGGAAAUAAAUUAUCUGAGUCUCAACAGGAACAAACACAUGCGGAAGAUAAGAAAAGACAAUCACUCAAAAAGUAUCAUAAUACAAACGGACUGUUUCUGUCUUAACAAGAAACAGACAGAAAAGAAGGCAAAUUCAUAAACACAGUUUUUUGGCACUGUAAUCUUUGAUAUAUUGGAAAGGAAGAAGAGUUCAUACAAGAAACAGACGGAAAAGAAGAUAGAAGUAGUGCAACUAUUUAACAGGCAAAUUCAUAAACACAGUUUUUUGGCACUGUAAUCUUCGAUAUAUUGGAAAGGAAGAAGAGUUCAAACAAGCGUAUCCGUGAAACUAAUGAAUUCUCCUCGAACGCGACUUUAUUUAACACCAAAUUCUAACAAAGGACAACAGUUAUGUUAAUGAGGGGAUCCAGAUCCUAAUAUUGGUACACUGCACAUUGUCUUUGUAUGAUUAACGUAUACACCAAGCUUCAUUAUUCUAGCUGGACAAGAAAUUUUUAACGAAGGGCAAUAACUCUGUAAUUGAGAGGUCGAGGACAAUGAAUUUGGUAUGCAUCACAUUAUCUUAGUAUGAUCAAAGUAUAUGCUAAGCUUCAUUAUCGUUGCUUCACUGUGUGCAAAAGUAUGCUAUGGACAAGAAAUUUGUAACAAAGACAAAAACUGUAAUUAAAAGGCCAAGGGCCCUGAAUUUGGUACACUUUACAUUAUCUGAGUAUGAUUAAUGUAUCAUUCAAGUUUAAUUGUCCUAGUUUAAAUUUAAGCAAUUUAAAGUUGUGCUGUAGAUGCAAAAUUUAGAAAGGGGCAAUAACUCUGUAAUAUACACAAAGCUCUAUCAUCAUAGCAAGCAUAGUUUACUCUGAACAAAUAUUUUUAACAAAGGGCAAAUGCAAGGACUUGCCUCCUCAACGAAAUGGUUGUUUAAUACAAGCUCUGUUUGCCAAGAUUUGGUAAAGGCAUCAAGAUUUAAGAAGGAUUUUGUCUUCAAGGAUCAUGUUUCAUCCGCGCGAUAGAAAUUCUGAAAGAACAUAAUAUUGAUGUUAAAAAAAAUGGCUUGAAAGCAUUGCAAAUAAAUGAUUUUCCAAACAUGUCAUAUUUGAAUAGAAGAAGGAACUGGUACAUCCGACAAAAGGGAAAGGACGUUGUUAAUACAGUGUUUUCUGAUGAGGAUAAUGCAAAGCCUAAGGCAGAUAUCUGCCUAACCACUUGACUACUUGUACCCGAACUUGUGACAAAAAUUCUGGUUGACCUAAGCAAAUUCAACAAAAACAAACGUUGCUAAGAUAAAGUCACAAAUACCAAUUUUGUAAGCUUGAUUGCAAUGUCUUGAAAUUCUUUCAUUUUUGACUGCAAGGACAUUAUAUUAUGUACAGGUAGACAUAUCCAGAUGUUCAAAGGAAAUGGCAGGAGGAAUCUUAGAGAAUUACUCAUCAGAUUAAGAGGGGAGACCGAGGAAUGCAAUUCCUCAAAAUGACAAACAAGAGGAAAAUGUAGUGUGCCCGCCACUACUUCAUCGUGACGCUCGACAUAAGGUGGCAUGGUUGAACGAGAAAGAAAACAUUUUGUCGAUGAUGAUAAAUUAUUACUGAGUGGAGAAAAACAGCACUGAAAUAGACAUUGAACACAACAUCGUCCAUAUUCCUGUAUACUUUGGAAAAUGUGUAUAACAAGACAUGUUAGAUGAGAAAUAUAAGAUAGAUAAUAAACACUGCAAAAAUUCAA